UUUCGUUUUCCCCAGUUGUCAGAAGGUGCUGAAACUCACAGAAAAAAGGAACAAAAAUACAGCUCGAUGCGAUAUCGAGCGCAUAAAAAUUGUACGUAUUUGAAUAUUUGGUUUAAAGGAUCGAGAUGAGCACGGCCGAAGAGCGGUGGAAACGACUAGCACAGGAACGAAGGAGCAGAGGUGGCCAGGGAUUCGGAGAUGAGGGCUCGUGGACUCCCCCCAGGCCCUACGAGGUGAUGCGGCAACAGAACUGUAAGACUGCAAGCUUCCGUCCGGGUGAGACGUACCCGAGCAUCCGCACGCCCGUGUCGAGGUGCAGCCGGGAGCAGACCAUCAACUGGCUGGCGGACUCGAUCGAGUCGGAUGGAUGUGGGCGACCCUACGGCAUGUCCAACGAUGACAUUUUGCAGAUGUGGCAGCAGAGCCCCCACAAGAACACCUUGGGGUACUACGGCGUGGGGUCGCAGGUGCCGAAGCCGGAGGCAGUGAUAUUCAAUCGGCAGAUCACGAAGAGCCUCCAGAGGGCCAACGGUCUCAAGCAGCGUAGAAAGCAAUUACAACUUCAGGGACCGAGGACUCUACCAACCAUCGACGGGAAGAAGGUUGCGGAAUCGGCCUAUAAGCCAUACGUCCUCAAUCGCGAGGCCAUCAAAGCGGCCAUCCAGAAGAUGCCGACCGUCAAGAAAAACCUGUCGCCCAGUCAGGCCUUGACGACGGUGUACUGCAACAAGUCCGAUCCCGUGGAUCCCUUUGGCGUCACCAAAGAGAAACAGCAGCAGCAGCAGCCCGAACUGAAAAUGGAGCAUGCUCCGCUGAAGAAGACGUACGGCCAUCGGCCUCCUUAUCGGUACUGCGGCUGGCGGUGCGAUGAGCCGAAGAACAAGUGCACGGACUACGAGUGGAAGAAGUACAAGGAGGAUCCGCGACCCUGCGAGGAAGACCUCAAGCGGGAGCAGAAGGUGGCACAGGAGCAGACCCAGGUGCCCGAACCGCGGAACUACGAGGAGCUGUACUUACGCCUGGUCAAAUGCUUCGAAGCUCUUAAGGUGGAGUGUCCCAUGUGCAAGGCCUACGCGCAGUGCUGUAACCCGAGGGGACUCGAGGGCGAUGCUCCUGGUGUCCCAGAUAUGGAUCUAGGAUAUGGCGACGGCGGAGGCAUACAUCCCGGAGACAAAUUCAGGCCAGGAGACAAACCCGGAGGGGGAAGCAAGCCGGGAUAUGAUGAGAAGCAUUUCGGAGAUGGCGAAAAACCGGAAGAUGGAGGAAAACCCGGUUAUGGUGAUAGGCCCGGAGGAAAGCCAGGAGUUGGUGACCAGUCCGGAGGAAAGCGAGGAGAUGUAGACAAGCCCGGAGGAAGGCCAGGAGAUGUGGAUAGGCCCGGAGGAAUGCCAGGAUAUGGUGACAGGCCCGGAGGAAUGCCAGGAUAUGGUGACAGGCCCGGAGGAAAGCCAGGAGAGGGUGACAAGCUCGGAGGAAAGCCAGGAGAUGGUGACAAGUACGGAGGGAAGCCAGGAGAUGGUGACAAGUACGGAGGAAAGACAGGAGACGGGGACAAGACCGGUGGAAAGCCAGGAUAUGGUGACAAGCCAGGAGGAGGUGACCAGCCCGGAGGAAAGCCAGGAGAUGGCAACAGGCCCGAAGGAAAGCCAGGAGUUGGUGACAAGCCCGGAGGAAAGCCAGGAGAUGGUGACAAGCCCGGAGGAAAGCCAGGAGAUGGCGACAAGCCCGGAGGAAAGCCAGGAGGUGGUGACAAGCCCGGAGGAAAGCCAGGAGACGGUGACAAGCCUGGAGGAAUGCCAGCAGAUGGCGACAAGUCCGGAGGAAAGCCAGGAGAUGGUGACAAGUCCGGAGGAAAGCCAGGAGGUGGUGACAAGCCCGGCGGAAAGCCAGGAGUUGGAGACAAGCCCGGUGGAAAGCCAGGAGAUGGUGACAAGCCCGGCGGAAAGCCAGGAGUUGGAGACAAGCCCGGUGGAAAGCCAGGAGAUGGAGACAAACCCGGCGGAAAGCCAGGAGUUGGAGACAAGCCCGGUGGAAAGCCAGGAGGUGGUGACAAGCCCGGAGGGAAGCCAGGAGAUGGAGACAAACCCGGCGGAAAGCCAGGAGGUGGUGACAAGCCCGGAGGAAAGCCAGGAGGUGGUGACAAGCCCGGAGGGAAGCCAGGAGGUUUGGACAAGCCCGGAGGAAAGCCAGGAGGAGGUGGCAAACCAUGGGACAGGCCGGCCGUUGGGGAAGAAGCGCCCGACGAUAAAGGGCAGGCGGGAGAGAAGCCAGGAUCUCUUCACGAGGACGAGAAAAAUGAGGGGGAAAAAGGCAAGCUGAAGCACAAGCCAUCGGAGAGCAAAUUGAAGACAAAGCAACCUGAUGAUCCGGAUGCGCCGGAUAAAGCAGGGGAAAAAGAAAAAGAUAAAGGUAAAUCCAAGCGACCAAAGCCCUCUAAACCAGAUUGCGACCCAAACGAUCCAUUGUGCCAGCCCGAGUGUGACCCAGACGAUCCAUUCUGUGACACUUACAGCCAAGAUACACCCAAGCAAUCGAUCAAUAAACGAAAGGGAUCAAAGACAAGUCGGCCGUCUGAACCAGAGUGUGAUCCAAACGAUCCAUUGUGUAGCGUGAAAAAACAUUCUGGGGAUAGCUUGACACAACCACCCGGAGCACCACCCAUCGGGCCAAUUUCACAACCCACACAGGGCCCAGAGAUCCCCAAGCAAGGGAUCAAGGAUCAAGGACCGCCCGGUGGUGAUGGGAAAACUGGUAAAGGUAAAGGCCCCAAGGGUGGUCCAUCGACGGAGGAGGUCAAGCCGGAAAAGGAAAAUAUUCAAUCGUGUCCCUGCCCCAUUUGCGAAUUCUUGCGGCGCCACAACGAACCCGACUCGCCGAUGAUCCGCGAGAUGAAGCGCCAGGAUAAGUUGCGCCAGCAGCGCGAAUACUACAAGCAGAUGUGCCACCGGCAGUACUUGGAGUGUCGCGAGCCCGAGUACCGGGCCCCACAGCACCGUUGCGAUCCCAUCGAAUGCGACAACACCUUCUGCAGCAACCCAAAGCUCGGGGAUUACUGUGAGUGCUUAAAGGCCAUGCAGGACCUGCAGCAGAUGCUUGGCAAGAAUCACAAGAUCGUUGGCAACCAGCUGCUGUUCGACCUGGAGGACCUGAGAACUCGCCUUUGCAAGCAGAUGUGUGACUGUCUCUAGAGAAUCGUCCUUCAAAAUAUAUAAUUUUCGGAAUAGGAAUCUGUAUUUGGAAAACAAUUCGAGCAUUAAAAAAAAAA